UGUGUUCAUGGAGACCUGGCAGCGAGGAACGUCCUGGUCUCUGAGGGGAAGCUGGUGAAGGUCUGUGACUUUGGUUUGGCCAGAGAUGUGCUGAAGAAUCAAGAUUACAUCAUCAGAGGAAAUAGUUUUCUACCCCUGAAGUGGAUGUCUCCAGAGAGCAUCUUCCAGAAGAUCUACAGCUCAGAGAGUGAUGUUUGGUCCUACGGGGUCUUACUGUGGGAGAUCUUUUCUCUAGGUGAAUCGGUCACCAGUCUGACCAACAAUCUUAAACCAAACCAGGGUCAGGUCUUGGGGGCAGCAGCCUCAGCAGAGACCCAGACUUCCCUCUCUCCAGACACUUGGACCAGCUCC